AGUACUCGAAGGCACUUACGUCGUACGAACGAGCACUUGAAAUCCGAAAAAUAGCUCUUCCUCCAAAUCAUCCCGACCAGGCUCAAUCCUACAACAACAUGGGUAAUGUGUAUGAUAAGAUGGGUGAGUACUCGAAAGCACUUACAUCGUACGAACGAGCACUUGAAAUCACGAAAAUAGCUCUCCCUCCGAAUCAUCCCGAGUUGGCUGGUUCUUUCAACAACAUCGGUGGAGUGUAUUAUAACACGGGCGAGUACUCGAAAGCACUUUCGAUGUUCGAACAAGCACUGGAAAUCGCGAAAAUAGCUCUCCCUCCGAAUCAUCCCGACUUGGCUGGUUCCUACAACAACAUCGGUAAUAUGUAUGAUAAGAUGGGUCAGUACUCGAAGGCACUUACGUCGUACGAACGAGCACUUGAAAUCCGAAAAAUAGCUCUUCCUCCAAAUCAUCCCGACCAGGCUCAAUCCUACAACAACAUCGGCGCCGUGUAUUAUAACAUGGGCGAGCACUUGAAAGCACUUUCAUCAUACGAACGAGCACUUGAAAUCAAGAAAAUAGCUCUCCCUCCGAAUCAUCCCAGCUUGGCCUCUUCCUAUAACAACAUCGGUGGAGUGUAUUAUAACACGGGCGAGUACUCGAAAGCACUUUCGAUGUUCGAACAAGCACUGGAAAUCGCGAAAAUAGCUCUCCCUCCGAAUCAUCCCGACUUGGCUAUGUUGUAUGGUAACAUUGGUAUACUCCAAGCUCCAUAA